CCUCCCCCAACCCCGCCCAGCCCCAUACAUUUUCGUUGAAUGCUCUGACCCGUAUCAGCCCCGGGAACGUUCCUCGACAUGACUUUGUUCUGGUACCACAGAAUUAUUGAUCGUCAAGAGAAGAUCUGUGUUAUGUUAAAGGAACUGUAACUCAUCACUGUACCUGUACUUUGUAAGAGAAGAAAACCACUGGAAACGCAUGCUCUGAUCAAGAACUGUUCAUUUAGUGGGAUUUUAUUUGUUGCCUUUCUUGAUGUCAUUUCCUUGAGACUUCCAGGAGCUAACUUUGCCCAUGGGAUGCAUGAUAGUAGUGUUAUAAAAAUAGGCUGCAAGAAAUUAUUAUAGUAUCUGUGGAUGACGAACGAACUUGUUUUGCAAGCAGUACUAGUUGGGAUCAUGAGAUUGACAGAAUCAUGUGCACCAUUACUGUAUCGUGCAGGAAGCCUGAAUGUUGGCCUCGCUUUGAUUGAUUAAUUAAUGAUAGUUGUACUUCAAGUUUCAAGCCGAGAACACCAGUGUAAAAGUGCAGUACGUGUACAUGUAUUCUAAAGGAGCAUUCGGUCCAAAUUUGCCAAGAAUAAUACACUUAUAAUAUUAACAAUGCGUUCGCUUGUCCCGUGUCACCUAUCUCACAGUUUCAGAAUGUGCCAGUUAUUUUAUAUUCCGCUUAUGCUUUUGUGUCUUUUUCACCCGCUGUUUCAUGUUCAUGGCGGAGGAAUCGAAAUUUCAAGGAAAACAAGCCCGCCAUUUUCCAAAAGAAUAAAAUAUAUGAAUUCUCCUUGCAACGUCUCGCACAGUGCUUCUGAUACCAUUGCAGAUUGUCGGGCUUUGAAUAUAGCGGCUCUUUCAAGUCUCAUGGUUCCCAUGGAGACCAGAGUAAUUCUGCUGGAUUAUAAUUGUUUCUCUUCCUUGACGCGGGAUUUCUUACGAGGUAGAUCCGAUCUGAGAGUCUUGAGCAUCUCCCACGGCGAGCUUAACAAAAUAGAACAUGAUGCUUUCCAAGACGUGACGAAUUUAGAAUAUCUGAACUUAGAAAACAACAGACUUGCUUACUCCGGUUGCGACGUAGAUAAACCUGCUAUAUCUCGUGCUGUUUUCGCGCCCCUUGUAAAAUUGGAGUACCUCUUGUUACGUGGCAAUGAUUUUGGCUGUUUAUUUGAGGUACCGGAGAAUCAAACAGACGUCAACAACGUAAUAAGUAAUCACUUUCUACAACAUGAUAAUGAUACUACGUUCUCUGCUUCGAACACGUUGAGUGAAACAGACUUAGAGUUCCUGACCGAAGACUCCGAGCUACCACUGCUGACCACGUUUUCAUUAGAUAUACAUGACUUUAUUGAUUCGAAUAAGAGGUACCAUACUUUUAAAAAUCUCAUGCCAAAUCUGACGACACUGGAUGUUAAUUCAGUUACUGGGAAAAUUUCGAGGGAUUACUUCAAAGCUUUUAGGGGUCUUGAAGUGAAAAAAUGCUCAAUUGAAGCAAAACAACUUAGAAACUUUCAUAGCCAAGCAUUACUCCCUCUGCGCCAUCUUGAGAGCUUUACCCUCUUCAAUAGCAUAAUAGGCUUAAACAAUGCUGUUCUAAGUCUGUCCCCAUUUUCUCAAAGGAAACUGAGGGAAGUAAGAUUUGACAAUGUAAAUUAUGGUCAACCGGAUAUAGCAUGGGGCAAGGAGAAUCGUGAGUAUGACGCCCUGACCAGCGUAUGCAUCGAACGGCUCAGUUUGCGUUAUAACAGAAUACACAAGUUUGAUAUUGGUCCAGAGAGCUCGACGAGUCGAUUAUUGUUACUUUCUUGCGCGAAGUAUUUAGACUUAUCAGAUAACAUAAAGGGACUGUUUAGUGUGCCACCAGCGGAUUACGUCGGUCUCCAAGGGAUAGACAUUUCAAUAUGGAAAAGCCUUGAAGAACUUAAGAUUGUUAACCUUCAAGACAUGUUUCCUGAUAUUCCUGUCUUUGACAAAUUGAUGGAGGAAAAACCAUCUCUAUUGCCAGAAUAUUCCGAAAAGAUGGGUACGAAAAACAGCUGUAAACAGUAUUUCAAUAUGAGUUUAACAUAUACACUAUCUGAGAAUCUGCUUGUUUUUAAUCGUUCUAACUCGUCAGAAGUGUAUCCGGAUAUGCAGUUUGGGGAAAUUGUUUUCGACAAUGCCACUAACCUCACUGAUUUAGACCUUUCAGGCAGCGGCUUUUUUAAGAUGCCCGCUGUUUUCAGGGGUUUAGAUAAUCUCGAGCGAUUUUACUUUUCAAGAAACAAUAUUUCUGAGUUAAGUGAGCGGGUUUUCGAUAAACUCCCCUCCCUACAACUGGUAGAUCUGUCAUAUUGUCAGAUGAGUUCCAAAUUCUUGUUUGGUCUAGGACAGAGGUUAUUUCGCCAUCUGAAGUCAUUACAAUCUAUCAACUUAUCGCAUAAUGGUUUAGAAGCAUUGUCUGCUGAUAUUUUUGCAUAUAAUAAAGAACUAAGAAUCAUCUCUUUGAAGGGAAAUAGAUUAGCAUCAUUGUCGGUUGAGCUGAGUAACACUCCUCUUCUAAAAGAGCUAGACAUGAGAGCAAAUAAUAUAAAGCAAUUUACUGUGCAUGAAAGAAAUCAAAUCGACAAAUUUUCCUUAACACAACGCGAUUUUAAAGUUUACAUUCAAGAGAAUUCGUUCUCCUGUACUUGUGAAGAUGUAUCCUUCUUAUUGUGGCUCCGCCUCACACGAGUCACACUAGACGAGGACAGGAACUAUACUUGUUUGUGGCUAGAGGAGCGUCAAUUUCUCUCUCCCCUUCCACACGUCAAGGACAUCCGCGCUCUGUGGAGACGCUGUGUGGGCAAGACGUACCUUCUCCUCUCCCUGAUGACAGCAACGCUAUUUCUGACAGGCUUCUUACUCGUCAUUCUUGUCUCUAGACACAAGCGAUACAUAAAGGCGUUCGCCAUGAAGGUCUUCCUCCACGACUUCCAGCUCAAGACGAGAGCAGACUACAACAUCGGGGUGUUUAUCGGAUACGCAGAGGAGGACUACCAAUUCCCUUGCCUUGUUCCCCGUGCCUUCAUAGAAGACGAGCUGGGUUUGACGUGUUACGUUCGUGAUCGUGAUCAGAUCCCAAACCAACCAAUGGCGAAUAGUAUAGCUGAGGCCAUCAACAGCAGCUGGAAGACACUGCUGGUGGUCACUCCACGUUUCCUGAUCAGUGACGAGUGGGGACAUUUCACAGCAAAGAUGUCUGUGUACGCCCAGGGUCCGGAAAACCCACACCGGCUGAUGAUUCUUGUAGACCAAGUGACCGUGGAUAGUCUGCCAACUGACUUGCUUUGUGCUGUGUCGGACGACAACAUCAUCUGCCUGCCCAGGCUAAGCAUGUGUUAUGAACUCAGACAGAAGCUGAGAACUCGAUUGUUGAACUAAAUGAUCAAGUUAGCUGACCGUUUUCAUCCCCCCCCCCAAAAAAAAAGACAACAAAAAAAACCAAAAAGAUAACACCAACCCACAACAACCCCUCAGCCCAAAGUAAAACAAAAAACCCAAACACCAUAAUAGGCCUAGAUCUACAUGUAUUCGUAG